AUGGCGCACCAAGCUCCACAUUUCGCCGACGCCAAGGACAAGUGGUCGUCGUACUACACCAGAGUCGAGUCGUACUUCGAGGGUAACGACAUCGUCGACGACGCUAAAAGAAGAGCGCUUCUCAUCUCGGCACUGAGCUCGAAGCCUAUCGACGCACUGAGUGGACGUUGUGCCCCGCGAAAGGCGCUGAACAACGAAAGGGCCGCGGUUUUGAGCGUGUGCAGCAUUAAGGAGCAAGGGCUCAACUUGCAAGCGAUCCUGUAUGAGUACGAGGAAGUGAUUACACCUGAAGGUGGCGUUCACAGCACAUUGAACCUUCGAGACGCCUACAACCAGGUUCCCCUGGAUGAGCAGUCAAAGGAGCUGACGGUCAUCACCACACAUCGGGGAUUAUUGUGCUUUAAUCGCCUGCCAUUUGGUGUUUCUUCUGCCCCAGCAGUCUUUCAGCGAAUAAUGGACAGCGUCCUGAACGGUUUGCCGGGAGUCCAGGCGUACUUUGACGACGUUCUGGUGGCCGAGAAGGGGAACAACGGCAGAAAGAACCUCAAGGCAGUUCUCCUGCGCUUUCGAGAGUACGCCGUCAAGCUAAGGAAGGACAAGUGCACCUUCAGGAUGCCUGAGGUUUCGUAUCACGGCUGCAAGAUCAGCACUGGAGGGCUGCAACCUCUGGACAAGAACAUGGAUGCUGUCAUAAGGGCGCCAACACCCAAGAACGUGAGCGAGCUGCGUUCAUACUUGGGUCUUCUCACGUAUUUCAGCAAGUUCCUUCUCAAUAUGACCAGUCUGCUAUCACCGCUCUACGAUUUGCUAACCAAAGAACGCCGCUAG